ACAUUUGUCAUAAUUGCUAGAUGGCCAAUCUCAUUGUUCUGUCUGUGGAGAAGCUGGUUGCCAGGAAGUUGGGCGAAUGAAAUUCAUUUUUCACAGUUGGUGAUGGCGGAUGUCGAAAUCGACACCAUGAAGAAUUACCACAUAGCCUUUGAAAGAAUAAACCCCGAUACGAGUCGUUACCCCUACUGUAUCGUGUGGACACCUAUCCCCGUACUAUCAUGGCUGCUACCAUUCAUUGGACACAUGGGAAUCUGCACCUCUUCUGGUAUCAUCCGGGACUUUGCUGGGCCCUACUUUGUCUCUGAAGACAACAUGGCCUUUGGGAGACCAACAAAAUACUGGAUGCUGGACGUAGCCAGGGUGUAUGCUAGUGGCUCCAACGCCUGGGACACAGCAGUGCAAGACGCCUCAGAGGAAUACAAAAACAGAAUGCACAACCUCUGCUGUGACAACUGUCACUCCCAUGUGGCCAUGGCUCUGAACCUGAUGCGCUAUGAGAACAAAACCUCGUGGAACAUGAUCAACCUCUGUCUGCUCUCCCUAGUCCACGGAAAACAUGUCAGCUGUGCAGGGUUCCUGAAGACCUGGCUUCCCUUCCUCAUGUUGCUGGGUAUCAUCCUAACUGUGGCUCUGACCAUUAACCUGCAGUGACCAGCCAACCAGGAUGUGAGUGUGCUAAAUGGAGAUCUUCCCAGUCCCUACAGGAGAGGGAUCACCGCUUUCUGAUCCUGAACACUCAAACUCCAACAUCAACAUGUGCCCUAGAAGAAAUAAGUACCUCUGACUCCUAGCUCUGACUGGGUUCUUCAAAGAAUUAAAUGAAUUCAUAUAGUUGGUGCCUGAAAUCAAUGGUCUUCUAUCAUGGGUCUUCCUGGAUAAUGUGUAUGUACAUAAAUGUCUCAAUUUAUAUCAAACUACAUUUUUAGACUAUACCAUCUAUAUUGAUUUGGUAUGUAGUAUCCUACUUUCAAACACUGGCUAAUCCUAGAUGAUGGUUGGCACACAAAAUCCAUUGCCAUGGCUUCCUUCUGCGGUGGCAGGUUCAAAUCCCCUCAUUGUUUGGAGUGAAACCACAAAGCGCUGAGCCUUGAGCUUUCUCUCUUUAGCCAUGGAGCUGCCAGAAACAGCAGGUAGCCUGCUGGGUCCUCCAGGUUGAACACACCAAUAUCCUUGUCACACUACCGAGCUGGACUGAACCGAUGUACUGAGCUGGCUUGGUUACGCAUCCAGCAUAAUGUGUAACCGCGCUGAAAGGAAAAAGGUCUGAGCCAGCACAGCUUGGUUUGGGUCGGCACGAUAGUGUGAAACGCAGUCAAGUCUUUGGCUUAAUAUCCUGGGGUCUCCUCUCCUCCUGUGCCAGAGUGCCACUCCUGCUGUCUCAGAUGAGAUUAGAAGGACAUUGUGAAAUGUCACAUUCCUGCUUUCUCUCCUGUCGGACUUCAUUCUUUAAAAUUCCACCAAAUGUGAUCGAUGUUGAUCUACUACUGCAAUAACCCCACAUUAUAUGUAAAAAAAACAAAAACAAACAACGUAUAUAUUGGUGUAGGUUUUUAAAGAUCCUUCUGUUGUUUUCCAUGACAUUCACAGUCAAGGCAGUUUUACACUAUUUCUGUAGCUGUUUGGCGAUUUUAUGCCAAGAUACCAAUUGUUUCUAGGGUAUUUACACUCCUUUGGUGUGCUUAUGCCUAGAGGUACCAUGGCUUCUUUCUCAUAUUUUUCCUUUCAUGUUCAUGCGCAAAUAUUAGACCAAGUGAUGUCUUAAGUAACAUUGUAUAAUCUCAAAUAUCCUGUUUUAAUUUAUAUUUAUAUUGUAAAUGAACUAUCCUCCUUAGUUCCCUUAAUUUUCUACAUGCAAUACCAAACCAUACUAUAUUAUAUCAAAACUCAUCACUGUUCUGUUAUGAAGCAAGUUUGUGCCUGAAUGCAUGAGUGAGUGUGUCUGUCAGUGGAUGUGUGAGUGUGCAUGUCCUGGCUGCAUGUUCUAUGUCUCUGUGGACAUAAAUAUUUUCUUGAA